AUGAAGUGUCUUUCGGCGCUCCGCCAUGUGCAGUGCGUAAGAUUCAUGCAGGUGGCGGCACAGGUAUCGAAGAGGAUCAGUCCUGUGCAGAAUGCACAGGCAGCGUACCAAUCGCUUCCACCUGGGACGCAGAGCGCGAUGCAGAACGCACGGGAAAAGGCAGAUCUGGGGGAAGAGGACCUCACAUUGAUAUCUCAAUGUAAUAUACGAAACUCCACCGUGCUGCGGGGCGCGGUUCUGCAGUAUUUUAAGACAUUCGAACAGUACGGCGCAGUCAAAAAGGUUGCAGCACGAUUGUUGAUGGAACCUAACGGGGACUUCCGUGGAGAUCUCACGUUAGCUGAGACGAAACUGUACUUGGAGUCGCUGGUGGAGCUGCGGCAGUUCGCCGAUGCGGUGCAGGCGGUGGAAAAAAUGAUACGGCAGUCUGCUCUGCGAUCUCCAUGGCAAGCCCACAAGCUUGUCUGUGUGUUGUUCACGAGACUGUGGGCGCACAUUCCACCGCAGGAGGUGUUAGCAUAUCUUGCGUCGAUGCUGCGGGCAUUACACGGGACCUGCAGUUUCGGUCCUCCGUGGGUGAACACAGACAUCGUGAAGCUGUUUUUCCAUUUCUUCCGGGCGUUUCCCGAGAUCGAAAGCUACCAACAUCAAGCUCUUUCGCUUAUUGAGUCUCAGCUUGAUGCGUGCGCUGCAGCAGAGUUUUCUUCAACGCUACUGCAGAUACACCUGGUUCAUAGAAGGUUCCAAUUGUGUGAGCAGGUAUGGAAGUACAAGGUUCAGAAGAAGUUCCCCACUACCAGUGCGGAUCUGACCGCUAUCAUGGAGGCAUAUUCGCACAAAGGAGAUUGGCAAGGUGUAGUCGAUCUUUACGAAUCGCAUUCAUCUGUGCGUAACUUGAGCAAUCAUUUUGAACUAAAGUUGUAUGCGCACGCCCGAUUGCAUGAUUGGCGUAAUCUGAAGGAUUCAUUCAACUGUUUAUUCGGUCUCGGUAAGCUUCCCUCCCUGGAACACUACAGCGUGGUCAUGCUGGCUCUGGCUCAUAAUGGAAACACAGAUCUGGUGGAACAACUGUAUCUGCAGCUUUUACGGAGAGGUCUUACGCCCACUAACGCGAUAUUGAGGUCCAUGGUUUUGGCCGGCUAUAAAGCGGGAGAUCUAUCCCGUGCUGUGAAUAACUUUGAACUCUUUAAACACAAUGGGAUAAAACCCACAUCUGGUGAUUACCUUUUACUUCUGCGCGUGUACCGUCGACUGGGAGAUCUCGAGCUAUCAUUCAAAGCUUUGCGUCGUUUAACACAGGAGAGUUAUACGUUGUAUGACAAACACUUUGCGUGUAUAAUCGACACCUGUGCAAAAACAUGCAGUCACGGCGUUGCCAGUGAACUAUUUAAGCUCAUGGAAGAGCACUAUGGUGUGACCGCCACGGGCCAUAGCGUUUCAUCUCUCAUGCGUGUCUAUCUUUCUUCAAUGCUACCUCAGAAGGCCGUCAACCUGUUUAAAAUUUACUCGAACAAGCCCCUGGAUAGUAAGUUCCUGCUGUAUCCAGUAUUACUUGAGGCUUAUUUGCAACUGAGAAACUAUAAAAGAUUUGAAGAAACGCUCAAAGAAUUUACGAGUAUUGAGCAAUCAUCAUAUUUAAACGUGUGUGAAGUAACGAUCCGGUAUCUAGCAGAGCACAAGCACGACACUAAGGCAGCAGAAGCGGUUCUAGACCAAUUUAUUAAAAAAAACCCUUCCUCUAUUAGGGCAAAUUUAUUUGAACCCAUUUUAAAGGAAUACGAUCGGACUCAGGAUACAGAUGCGUCGCUUGCGCUAUUCAAAAACAUGGCAGAAUUGAAAGUGGCAAUGUCGACUAAAACGCUAUUGUAUUUAUUGAAGUCAACUUUUAAGAGAUCCUUGAAAACGCAUCAAGAUCUUAAUGACUACGUGGAAUGGUCUAUCAACAUACUAAAGCGUGUACGUGACAAGAAUAUUAUAAUGGAGAACUCCUUUCUUUACCCUGCAGUUGUAGCAUAUCCUGUGAAAAUGCUGGCGAAACAUCACCACCCAAAUACUGCAGUGCGACUACUAACAGAAUAUUAUGAAAUUUUCGGCAAAAAAAUACCUAGAAGCGAUGAAAGUAUUGUGGUAACCAAGGCGUUGAUGGUAGUUGCUGGUGAAGCCCAAAAUUGGCAGGAAUUCGAAGAACACUACUCCAACUUAAUGGAAAAAAUUAGUAAAAUGAAAGGUCCGGAGAACAAAGUUCAGGACAAUAAAAGGAUUAGCAAUGUCUUAUUCGGUGUACUUGGUUAUAAAAUGGAAUCUAUGCAAGCUACCGGUAAAAUUCAAGAAAUACCCUCUGUUCUACAGGAAUAUGAACAAAUGGGGUUGAUUUUAACCAACAGUAUGUGGAAUAAAAUCAUAAAGACAUUGGUGAGUGACGAUAAAACAAUCAAGCUAGGAAUCGGCUUCGCUAACGAAAACUUCAUUCAAGGCUAUUCAUUGCGUAACGCUAAUAAGUUGAUACAGACAUCUGAUGAACAGUUCUUGUCUCCAUUCCAGAAACAUAUUAAGGAGAGACAGAAAGUUAACCCUAAAGCAUUUAAACCAAAGAAGUACCUGAACUACUCAACAUACUGUGAGAUUGCAAAAUCUCUGGAUGAGUACCUCAAUCGCAGAUGUGAUCAAUUGGACGAGGAAGUAGCGCAAUUGACAAACACCUACCCCCGGUUUAUGAAGCGAUAUCUAAGGCGCUCUCGUAAUGUACGGAACUGGCGCGAUUUUGAACGUAGGCAUAACAAUUUCUUUGAGCAUCUACACAUGCAGAACGAACUACUUCUGCAAGCUCUCUGA